AUGAUGCGCAUGAGGGGGCGGCUUCUGACCUGCUUCUACUGUGGGAAGCGGUCGUCAAUCAGAUAUGAUGGCCGGAUACGCGACUUUCGGUGCACGUACUGCGAGGCCACAAACUACCUAGAUGAGUAUGGCGACAUCACGGAUCCGCCUGCCCUUGAGUCGUCGACUCCGAAGCAAUUCGCCAAGCAGAUGCCUUCCCGGCCUGCGUCACCUACAAACAGCAUCUUCUGCGAGAAAUGCCUCAAGAAUCAACGGUUAUUUACAGCAUCAUUGGCGCAGUACCUCCCCGACGAUCCUUCUCAUCCAGAUUAUGCCGACCUCGAGCGCAAAUACUAUCGAUACCGCAAAGACUUGGAGAAGCGCUAUCCUCAAGUUUGCUCAGACUGCGCCAAGAAAGUGGAAGAUCGCAUUAAUCAGGCUGGUUAUACGGCCAAGACAGACCAUCUCAGGCGGAUGAUGGAGAAGAGCAGAGGCAGAAAAGUGCCAAAGAGAAUGACAUCCCUGGAUGUGGCAAACGCGAUGGGACGUUGGCUCUGGUGGAGUGGCUUGUUUAUUCAGAUUGCUUGGCAUGUGGUGAGCGUAUCGUACGUCUUGGAAUCUCGAACGACGAGCAAGGGCGGCAUGGUAGACCCAGACGAUCAGAGUGCCGCGAAAGAGAUGAUUACUUGGCUGAGCUACCUGCGUGGGUUCUUACCUGCGGCCGACACUCUGAUAAGAUGCAGCAUAAAUACGGGAUUUCUUUCUGCUUGGUGGAAUCCGCACUUUGUGCAGCUCAAUCGCGGGUUUACCCGACAUCUAUUGGGGUUCACGCAGUGGUAUUGCUUUCAGGGGCUCAUCAUUUUCUUCCGAUACAUCUUCCGCUCUGUUCUCCAUUUGCAGGGUGGCCAAGCUCAGUCGGAUAGGGCGCAAAUCAGCGCGCAUUUCGCCAUGGCCUGCAUUAUGGGUUUGAUCUACUCGCUUGCGAGAAAGUCUAUCAAAGUCGAUACGACGCCCCUCUUCGGCGUGACUGACAAGACAGUGUCUGCAAGUCAAAUGCCUAAGCCGACACCUAGAAAGAAGAUUAGAGAACCAAAGACGUUAGCCGAAGCUCUCACUGAGGCCCUCGAAUCGGCAAAUCCUUCGCCGAUGCCGAUGAAGAAACCCACUCCAGCAAGAAGCUGGGAGUCAGUAGACCUGUCACCGAUUAAACGACAUAGGCCAGCAAGGGCUUUCGAAUUCGACUCAGGAGCCUCCUCCUCCCCAACCAAAGACCUCGCACCGCGACGAUUCCAAGAGCUAUUGCCUCCCUCACGUGCUGCUAAUCCAUUUCGAACAACUCACGAUGAACUUUCUUUUGCUGGCUUCAGCAUAUCAGACAAAUCUCCUCAGAAAGGCCUUCGAGCGCAGGACUCUGACGAAAUGGAUUGGUCUCCUCUACCAAAACAGUUACAAAGAUCCCAGCAUCGUGCUUUCCAAGACUCUCCUGUGCCAUCCAAGCUUGGCCCACCACGACCGUUUGGCCAAGCUCCUACACAGCCCGAUGCCGGGCCUUUUUGGUUCAAAGUACCCUCCGCACCAGCAAAUCCAGCACAGCGGCUCCGCAAUCCUAUAAAUGCUCCACUAUUCAAUAGAGCGUUCUCAGAACCCAGGAGAGAGGAAGGAGAUUUCGGAUUCGGUAAGCAUCGGCUGGACGAGAUGCGAGAAGAGCCAUCCAGAGCGAGCAGCGUGGACUUUAAAGGUCCUAGCUUUUUCGCACCAGAAGAUCCUGACGAAACGGAUGCACUAGCUGAUGCUCUUGGCCAGAGCUUCACUUUUGCAAACGAUGCGGAUGAAGAGUCCGAUUCGGAAGAAACUGUCGUCAACGAGGAACUCCCCAUUCUCUCUAGCGGGCAAUCUUCUCAUAUUUACGAUCUCUAUUUUUUGGCCACCAUGUUUUUCCUUUGGUUCAUCCCUUUGAUCGUCACCGUUCCUUAUUGCAAGGAAGCACAACUUACAACAUUGUCCAUUGCCGGUAUUAUCGCUAUUCGUAGCAUUGGAGGAGCUACUCAGCAACUCUUGGGCGGUGACUCUAACUCAUCUGGUCUAGCCAUGUGUCUCGCUUCAAUUACAAGUGUGGGCGAGUUAAGUGCUCUUUGCUGGACCGCAUGGCAGCUAUGGACAGACCAAGGGGAGAUUUUCCAACAUGGCGCAGCGGUGCUGGCGUCCAUGCUGGGGCAUCAAGUAUUGAGAGGCAUUUCUUUGAGACAAAACUCAUGA